AUGAAGAGAGUGCGCAUGCCGAUGCUGCGCUGCUGUCCACGAUCGAGCUCCUGGUCUGCCGGCCUCUCGUGCACCUCCUCUUCAUCCUGGCGCUGCAUUACCGCCACCAACUUGCGGUUUGCGCGAUCAACGAGCAGCAUCACAUCCUCAAACCCGGCACAACCACCUGCGCCCCCCAAGGCAUCAUCAAGUGCUGCAAAUCGCAAGGGGAAGAAGCUAGCAAGCGUGUUCCAGUACUUCGCCGCUCACGACCCGUCCUCCAGCACUGCUCUCCCCGUGCCGCCAGCCACCGUCGACUUCGUACGAUCGAUCACGGAUGAGGAGCGCAAGGCCGCCCACGCCUUCUUCACCAAGAACGCCGCCUUCCUCGCCUCCAGCGUCGCCGCACCCAACCUCCCCGCAGAGGACCAGCCCGAGUUUGCGUUCGUGGGGAGGUCGAACGUGGGCAAGUCGUCGCUGCUCAAUGCCCUGCUGUCCAAGCCGCUCGCCCGCACCUCCAACACUCCCGGACGCACGCAAACCAUCAACUACUACCAGGCCGGCAGCGUGAAGCUGGUCGAUCUGCCCGGCUACGGCUACGCCAAGGCGCCGGUGCGCAUCGUCCGAGAGUGGCAGCAGUUCGUGAACACGUUCCUCACCACGCGCAAGUCGCUGUACAACACGAGCGUGCUGGUCGACUCUCGACGAGGCAUCACGGACAAGGACGCGGAGGUGAUCCAGAUGCUCAACACGCACGGGCUGCCGCACCAGGUAGUGCUCACCAAGGCCGACAAGCUGUCGCGCCGGGAGAUCUUCGUAGUGCUGGCCGAGACGAAGGAACGCAUCAAACGAUCCCCCUUCUGCUCGCCCAUCAUCUACAUCACCAGCAAGGACGGCCUGGGUGUCGAUGAGCUGCGAAUUGGAUUGAUGCGAGCAGCGAAAUCAAAUCAAAUUUAA